AUGGGCAAGAGACUUGCCACCCAAGGAAGGGUCCAGGAAUCUGAACACUACUUCCGGUUGGCUGUCACUGAAGCACAUGAGGGAUUCGGACAUCGUGACCCCCAUGUUGCUGCGGCAUGCAACAACUUGGCAGAGGUGUACAGAGUGCAGGGGCGCUUGGAUGCAGCAAAAAUCCUUUAUGAGCAGGCUGUCGACAUCCUGAGAGUUGCCUUCGGGGAGGUCGACGCCAGGACGGCUGUGGCCCUCCACAAUCUGGCUUCUAUCUAUGAGGCUUCUGGUAACACCUCCGAGGCAGCAGAGUACUAUCGCCUUUCCCUUGAGGCCCGCAGCUCUGUUCUGGGGAAUGACCACAUGGAAACACUGCAGUCCAGGAUAAGCCUGGCCAGGAUGUUGGUAGACCAGGGGAGGAAUGUAGAGGCCCAUGAGGCUGCUGAGCAAUGUACCAAGGUUCUGGAGGAUAGGGAUCGUGGGAUGGGUGACAUCAAUGUGCUCAUGGACACCACUGCCGUCCUUUUGGCAGCGUGUGGUGAAGAAUGCACACAGGCUGCUGCAUCAAUAGCGCUGAAAGCCCUGCAAGAUGCCAAGGCGCAGGAAGUGCACAAGGUGUCUCGGGCCUGCAAUACGCUGAUUGGACAAUUGACAAGUGCACAAGCAUUUGGUAUAGCUGAAGACAUCUGCACUGGCUGUGGUGACACCUUGUCAAGGAUAUUGGAAAACAGCCAUGGAACACUGCCCACUCCGUUCCUUUGGAAAGCAAUGGUGGAACUAGCCAAGCACCAGGGAUCCCCUGACGCAGCACUCACCUACACAGAGAAAGCCGUAGACAUCUGCGAAGGGAUUUGGCAGCAACGACUGCCCGGCAAUGGGCCUUGGGGAUGGGCAGCAUUGUUGGGAUUUUCAGGGGCUGGGGCCACUUCUGCGCAGAUUUUGGCUGCGGGCAUUGAGUUGUCCCACUCGCUCAAUUUGCAUGGCAGCGUGUUGGAGGCGCUGGGCCGGAAGCAUGAAGCAGCCAAUGCCUGGAUGCGCGCAGCGGAAAUUCUCAAUUCUGACCAUGUACUGAAGGCGCUUGAGGGCUCGCAACGAAAUAAACAGCUCGAGACCCUGGCGAAACUUAGGCUGUCAACCUUGGAGGCGUCUGCCCAGCUUUUGAAAAAUGCAGAGCGUGGGAUAGAGCAUUCGCACGACGCGCAGAACGUGACUGCUUAA